UCGUCCAUUGAUCUGCUCGUAGAAGAGAUUUCGUGAGUUUCAGGUUCUGAGGGCGGAGAUCCUCAUGUGAGGGAGAUAUCCCCGUUUGGAGAGAUCGAGAGCUCAUCGAGAUGAACAGCAACGGAGCUUGUUUUCAGGCCCUCCCUCUGUAAAAAGGGGAAGAGAAAACGAUCGCUUUGCUAUCGUGCGCACCAAUGGCGUGCACCUCAGUAGCCAUUUCAAGCCCUUCGGUCGCCGCGGGGAAGGACCUUGUCCGAGAACACAACGGCCUGCGCCGAUCCCAUUCCAGCAAGGAACUCUACGACCGGGCCGGGAUACGGAGAUCCCAAUCCGACCCUCAGCUCCGCUGCUCUCUUAAGCCGGUCCGAGCCGUCUCGACCGAGCCGAAGCUCAAGAACAACCGAUCGGUCGGGAUCUUCCCGUUCCAGAUCUCCGGCUCGAUUCUCCCGAGCUCGCUACGGUCUUUCCUCUUCGAGUCGGAUUACAGCAAGGAGAUGAGGCUGGUGGACUCGGAGGAAGAGACCGAGGGAGGAGAGCAGGAGAUGGAGAAGAGAGCGAACUGGGUCGAGAGGCUUCUGGAGCUGAGGAGCCGGUGGAGGAGUAGACAGAAAGAGAACGAAGGAGAAGAAGGAGAAGGAGAUGAGGAUUACUGCAGUGUAGGGUACGAUUCGGAGGUUGAAGAAGAGGAGGAAGAGAUGGCGCUCGAUAGUGAGUCUUUUUCGAGGUUCCUGGUUCGAGUCCCGUGGUCGGAGACGAAGCUCUUCUCUAAGCUGGCUUUCCUAUGCAACAUGGCUUACGUGAUUCCCGAGCUCAAGGCGGAAGAUCUGAGGAAGUACUACGGCCUGCGUUUCAUCACCUCUUCGCUAGAGAAGAAGGCCGAGGCCGCGGCUAUAAAGGCGAAGCUUGAUCAGGACUCUACUCACGUACCCGACACUCCUAUCAUCAAAUCUGCUUCUGAAAACGAGGUGGGUUCCGAGCAGAAGCGCGCCAUCCGUCCGUCUGUCGCGUACGAAAUAGCUGCGUCCGCCGCCUCCUACGUCCACUCACGUGCCAAGGGCCUCCUUUCUUUGGCGGGGUCCCACUCCAAGGCCCACCAGGAGGCCGAGGACGAUGAGAAGGGCGAGGAUGCUGACGUGGACGCACGUGGGGCCCGGGAGGAGGGCGGGAGCUCCCCAGCGAGGGUCUACAAGUCCGAGGUGGCUGCCUACGUGGCGGCGACGACGAUGACUGCCGUCGUGGCGGCUGAGGAGACUGCGAAGCUGGAGGCGGCGAGGGACCUCCGGUCGCUGCAUUCUUCGCCGUGCGAGUGGUUUAUGUGUGACGAUCCCAGCACGUACACCCGUUUCUUCGUUAUCCAGGGAUCGGACUCCUUAGCAUCAUGGCAAGCAAACCUCUUCUUCGAACCCACCAAAUUUGAGGGAACAGAAGUGCUAGUUCACAGGGGGAUCUAUGAAGCUGCCAAGGGGAUAUUUGAGCAAUUCAUGCCAGAAAUUCUCAAUCAUUUGAAUCUGUAUGGUGAGAGGGCGAGGCUCCGGUUCACUGGUCAUUCUCUUGGUGGUAGCCUUUCCCUUCUGGUCCACUUGAUGCUCGUUGCGAGGGGUGUGGUCAAGCCCUCCGCUCUACUGCCUGUUGUCACCUUUGGAUCUCCGUUCGUGUUCUGUGGUGGUCGUCAUAUCCUUGAUGAUCUUGGAUUGGAUGAGAGCUAUUUCUACUCUGUGAUGAUGCACAGGGACAUUGUCCCCAGAGCAUUCUCUUGCAAUUACCCUAACCAUGUAGCGCAAGUACUCAAACGCCUAAAUGCUGCCUUCCGGUCGCAUCCUUGCCUCAACAACAAUAAACUGUUGUAUUCUCCAAUGGGUCAGCUAUACAUUCUCCAACCUGAUGAGAAGUCAUCUCCCCCUCACCCUUUACUCCCUUCUGGGAGUGGUCUCUAUGCCUUGGACAAUGCUCAAGGCAGUUCCCCAGCUGGAAUUGCAAGUGCAUUGAGGGCCUUCCUAAAUUCUCCACACCCAUUGGAUACCCUAAGUGAUCCGACGGCCUAUGGUUCUGAAGGCACAAUCCUUAGGGACCAUGACUCGAGCAACUACUUGAAGGCUGUCAAUGGCGUGCUACGGCAACACACAAAGUGGGUCGUGCGAAGGUCAAGGAGGCAGCGACUCCACCACUGGUGGCCGCUUCUGACUAUGUCGCCACAUGCAUGGAGCCAUGAGGGGAAUUUGGAGAAUCCGGGCUUGGUCACUAAAGAGGUGGUUACUGGAGUCUGAACCCUCCCGUACAUCCUUCUUCCCUCUUUAUACAUAGAAAUUGUAGAGGAGUUUGGAGAAACAAGGAUUCAUGGGCUUUGGUUCUCUUGAUAAUGCUGUGGCCAAAUGUGCUGACUGUCCAACCUGUGCAUCAGGUGGGCCCUAUUGUGUAGAUGGCCUGGCCCCAAAAUCAGUUGAUCAACUCCACUAGUAUGAAAAUGACGAACGCAGAUGAAUUGCCAACGUUCCUCAUUCCUUGUACAUGUGUGGCCUGCUAAAUGAGUGGACAAUCUGACUGGUGGCCAGAUCAUCUACAUGGUGGUGCCAUCUGGCGAACUGCUUGGACUUCCCAUGCACGUGUGGCCAUAUGUGGAGAGGUGCCUGCUGUCUUAGCAGAACUAGGUUCUCUCAGUCAUUGUACAUGAUCCUUUUACCUGUUCUUAUUCAUUUCUAAUGUUAUAUAUCUCUAUGUCCUACUUGUAAUUUGAUUGUUAGAAUGUCAAACCCCUGUAGAUAAAUUUGGGAUGGAAAAGUAACUGGUAAAAAGAAAUUGUUGUGUUACCAUGCCUUUUGGCUUGGUGAGUCCUGACUAUCCUGUGUCCUGUGGGCCCUGGCUCAUCACAUUGUAAAACCACAUGGCCGUUCAUGGAA